GUUUACAGCAUCAAGGUGUGUAGCAUCACUGCGAAUAGCGAUGCGUUUAAACACACACAACAAUGAUCUCUGGUUAUUAAACCUACCUGACCAACAGUUUUAUAAGAAAGAACUAGCUUCCCUGCUGAAUCUGUUUGUCCCGGGCUCAUGAUUUGUCUGCUUGUGCCCUUUCUCACUGAGCAGCAGGUAUUUCCAGGAAUGACAGGGAUAACCUUGAGAUCAUUCCGCCAUUUCAGGCAUCCUUUAAUCUGCCUCCAUCUUCUCUAUAAAUGGCUCAGAUCUAUUCUAGUCUGCUCUUGUCAGAUCAGUUUUUUUGUAGUGCUGUAAUUUCAAUAAACCGCUAAUUAUUUUACUAAGUCGGAGAAGAUAUUUAUUGUUGCGUCUUAUUUGCUGAUCUUUUUUUUUUUUUCUUUUCUUCCCAAAGCCAGGGACUGUGCAGUGUAAAUCAAUAACACGCUUUCCAUGAAAUGAGCUGCUCGAGUUUUAAUAGGAAGCUGCACUUGAAAUAACCUUUGUUAUACAAGAGCUUUUCUAAUAUUACAUACAUACCAGGAUUGAAAUAGGUGCAGAGACUGAACAAGAACUAGCCUGGUUUCUUUUCUUGCCGAUUGUCAUCAUGGUCUUGUAUCUAUUUCAGGAAGAUGUGUUUGCAUAUUACUGAUUUUGUCAGCAUAUUUGGCCCUGACGGCUUAAGGUCACCUCUAACCGCUGUGUGUUUUCCGAGAACUCGUUGUUCUCAUUGUUUAGCGAGACGGUGCUGCUUAUAAUUUCACGAUACGUUACAUCAAUGAAUCGCACAUUCUAUAGAGCUUUAGUGCCCAGAUGUCCUUGCGUGCCUGUGUGACGGCUUAUCUGCCCUGUGUGACAUUCCACUUUAAAUCAUCCGGCGACGGCAUGCGGCAGCCGCUUUGACGCGCCUCAGAGCCAAUGGAUGGCCUCGAGGUUAUUUACGUCACUGCUUAGCCAGCCAGUGUGCUAGUCGAAGAGGUGGGCUCUAGAGACAUUUUGUUUGACAUUGUAAAUAAGCGAGGCACAGUUGUUGGUGAAGAGCCAGUUGUUCCCUUCAGCUCCACACAGUUCCAGCAGGACACCAGAUCAACAGAGAAGAGUUCCGAAGCUAGCGGACAGAGACCCUCCUCCACCCUCGUCAUGUCCAUUUUUUUCCCCACUCUGUCCUUUUGUUCGUUGUUUUCACGCUGUUCCUUUUUUUUCCUACCCUGACCCCUAGCCCACUUCUCAAGGACAGAACCUGUGGACUAGAGUUUCUCUGUCCAUCUCUAAAAGAGACGCACAUCUUCCCUCAAGUCUGCAGUGCACUAUGAAGGGCACGAGAUCUGGAGAUGUCUGGAGAUUCCUUUGGAUCCGCGGCAACAGAUGCCCAGCAGAACCUUCAGUCCUUCUGGCCCAGGGUCAUGGAGGAGAUCAGGAACCUCACUGUGAAGGAUUUUCGCGUGCAGGAGCUUCCGCUUGCUCGAAUCAAGAAAAUCAUGAAGUUGGAUGAGGAUGUGAAGAUGAUCAGUGCUGAGGCUCCAGUGCUGUUUGCCAAAGCAGCUCAGAUCUUCAUCACAGAACUCACUCUGAGAGCCUGGAUUCACACCGAGGACAACAAACGACGCACACUACAGAGGAAUGAUAUCGCUAUGGCGAUCACCAAGUUCGACCAGUUUGACUUCCUCAUUGACAUUGUCCCAAGAGAUGACCUUAAGCCACCCAAACGACAGGAGGAGGUGCGUCAGUCGGUUGCCUCGACAGAGCCAGUGCAGUACUACUUCACACUGGCACAACAACCUGGUGCAGUGCAGGUGCAGGGGCAGCAGCAAGGCCAGCAGGUGGCCACACCCACCACCGCAACCACCCUCCAACCUGGCCAAAUCAUUAUCGCCCAGCCACAGCAGGGCCAGGUGUUGCAGGGGACCACCAUGCAGCAGCUACAGCAGGUGCAGGUAGCUCAAUCACAGGCUACCCCGAUCACGAGCGCACCGGUGACCAUGCAGGUGGGAGAGGGCCAGCAGGUGCAGAUAGUGCAGGCAGCCGCACAGGGCCAGGCUCAAGCCCAGGCAGCACAACCAGCCGGCCAGACCAUGCAGGUCAUGCAGCAGAUCAUUACCAACACAGGAGAGAUUCAGCAGAUUCCUGUGCAGCUGAACGCCGGAGGUCUACAGUACAUCCGACUGGCUCAGCCUGUUUCAGGAGCACAAGUUGUUCAAGGCCAAAUACAGACGCUCGCAACCAACACUCAGCAGGUAUCACAGACAGAAGUGCAGCAAGGGCAACAGCAGUUCAGCCAGUUCACUGAUGGUCAGCAGUUGUAUCAGAUCCAGCAGGUGACGAUGCCAGCAGGUCAGGAGCUAACUCAGCCCAUGUUCAUCCAGUCAACAAGCCAGACAGCCGAUGGCCAGGUCACCACACAGGUCAGCGCCGACUGAUGCGUCGCACUUCUGCCCAGGCACUGACUACGUCGUAACCACACUGCUCCAGACCAGCUCGACCAGAGGGAUCGCAUCCACACCACUAUCAAUACCCACACAGGGCGCCAUUUUAUUUAUCACACACAGCCAUAUGCAACGCCAACAUGGCCAACUGCCCUAACUGCACUUUGUCUUAGAGCUUUGAUACAAUUUUUGACUGCAGUUUUAAAGAACGAUACAAACUGGCAGAAAUGUAUUUUGGGUUUUGCCACAGCCUGGGAGAUCCUGGUUAGUUUAGUUCACUCUGCUCCCACAGGUGUCUGGCAACAUAUAUAUUCAUCUGCUCAUUACACUGAGAGCAGCAUUUUUUUUUUCUACCCUCAUCCAAACAACACUUUUUUUUUUUUUUUUUUUGCAUUUUUCUUAAGAUUAAAAAGCUGCAUUGGUUUUUUUCAGAUCAGAAAAAAAUAAGAUAUAGUUAUGGGUGAGUUCUGUAUAACUCAUACUGUAUAAUCCAAGUUAUGGAGCUUAAUAAGUAGUUGGCUCCAAAUGAUCCCACUUGAUCUCAUCUCACUACAGAGACUCCAUAUGGUCCAGUCUUCCCUGCAGUGUCAUUAGAGCAUGUAUUGGCGACAGUGGUCUGAUUGAUAUGUCCAGGCUCCUCUGCCUUGUGUAAGGCCUGGGGAAAGCCUCUGAGCUUUGUGUGGUUCUGAAUAAAAAUAAAAAAAAGUGUCUGUCCUGGCUUGAAGUGUCUGUUAAAGCCCUGAUUUGUUGAUCAUGUCGUCUUGUGAACAAUUCAAAAGUUAAUGCUAAAGCCAUAAUCUACACGUCUUGUACAUGUUGAUCUGUAGUUUGUAUUAUAACUCUGCAAUUCACUUUUAAUCAUUAGUUCAGUUUUAUUAGUUUACUUGUAUAGAUCUGCAAUUUGAUAAUGUGAUUGUUGAAAGGGCUUCUUACUGUUGGGUUUUCUACAUGCAAAAACGUGUGAUGUAUGCUGGGGUGGGGUGGGGGGUUUGGUAAAUGGAGUCUGAGUGUAAUAAUUUGUGUAUCCCUUGUGAUUGAUAUUGUGAAUUAAAAUCCCUCUUUGGACCAGA